AUGGAUUUCGUGACACACGUGCCAAAGUUGGAUCGGGGAAACACUUUAUUGCUUUUGUUCCAAGAUAUGUUCUCAGUAUUCGUGAUGUGUAAGCCGAUGUCCUCCACGACGUCCCAGGAUGUAGCUGAAGCAUAUGAGGAACGGGUGUUCAGGAUGUUUGGCGCUUCAGAAAUGAUCCGCCACGAUCAAGACCCGAGAUUCAUGAGUGGGGAACUCCUCGGCAGCCGUCAAAGAUUCACCCUGAGCUAUCGACCCCAGGCCAAUGGACAACCAGAACGUUCUGUUCAGGCUGUUAUCCGGAGCGUACGAGCGCAUGUUGCUGAGGCAGAUCAGUCAGAUUGGGAUGAUCAUGCCGAGCGGCUGAUGUUCGCCCUGAACACAUCGUUUGACGCACCCGCCUGGAUACACCAUUCUACCUAG